GCACAGCGUUAUGGAUUAUGGUACGGUUGGAAAUAGGGCACUUGUGCAGAGGAUGAGUAGAGAGACGAACAUGGUGCGUAUAUACACUGGCCCACUCAGCCAGGAACACGAGUUUGUCUCCGUGGAGGCUGAGAAAGUCACGACUGCUGAUGAUAUUUUGAAGACUGCGUGCGUCAAGAUGAUGCUGCACAGCGUUAUGGAUUACGAACUGGCGGAGGUGUUCAGUACAGGAGGUCAACUAUGCAAGGAACGGAGGCUCGAGGAUGGCGAAAACCCAGUAAGGAUACAACUGCUUUGGCCAAAGAUUGUUAAUGCAGAUCACGACAGACUCAGUGGUGGGGGCUACACUGGCUACAGAUUCUACAUUCGCAAGAAAACCCUGGAAAAUCCACACAGGACUUCCGGCUGGGUGGAAUACAAUGAGCCCAACCCCAUGAACAACUUCUUGACAGCAUUUCUUAAGCCGCCAAUCAUCAAUAAGGAGUAUUCCGAUCUGUGUAACCUGCCAGACUUCAAUGAAAGAACCCUGUUAGAUAAUAUAAAAUCUAGGUUUUUGAAUUCAAACAUUUAUACGUAUGUUGGCUCAAUUCUUAUAGCAGUAAACCCGUAUAAGUUCUUUCCAUUAUAUAAUCCAAAGUAUGUUAAACUUUAUCAGAGUAAGCGACUCGGGGAGAUGCCCCCACAUAUAUUCGCGAUUGCAGAUGCUGCAUUUUAUACAAUGCUACGGAACAAAAGUAAUCAGUGUAUUGUGAUAUCGGGUGAGUCUGGAAGUGGGAAAACAGAGAGCACCAACCUCUUGCUGCAUCAUCUGACAGCCCUUAGUCACAAGGGGCUUCACGGGAGCGGAGUUGAGCAGACCAUACUAGGGGCUGGCCCUGUCUUAGAGGCAUUUGGCAAUGCAAAGACAGUACACAACAACAACUCCAGUCGGUUUGGAAAGUUUAUCCAGGUCAACUACAAGGAGAAUGGCAUGGUCCAUGGGGCUAUAGUUAGGAAAUACCUGCUGGAGAAGUCAAGAAUUGUUUCCCAGGCUGCCAACGAAAGGAACUACCAUGUGUUCUACUACCUACUGGAAGGGGCUGAUGAAGUUGAGAGAGACAAACUGCACCUGGGCAAACCUGAGGACUAUGCCUACCUCAGACAGGUUGCUCCUGUCUCGUGUUGCCAGGGUAACGAGGAGGGGCUGGAGGAGGAUGAGAAGACAGAGUUUGAGCGCCUCAAACACUCCAUGGAGCUGGUUGGGUUUUCACAACUCACACAGAAAAGGAUCUUUGGUGUUCUGUCUGCUGUUUUGCAUCUGGGAAAUGUUACAUUUAAAAAGAAAGGAGACCAGCACCAUGAUGAGUCAGUGAUCAUAACCAACCCAGACACCAUAGCCGUGGUUUCACGUCUGCUCAUGGUGAAGGAGAAAACACUUGUGGAGGCCCUCACCCAGAAGAAGACGGUUGCCGGUGACGAAACCGUGGUGAUGACCCACAGGAUGGACAAUGCAGUGGCCAUUAGAGAUGCCAUGGCCAAGUGUCUGUAUGGGGCAUUGUUUGACUGGAUAGUCCUGAAGGUGAACCAAGCCUUGCUUGCUAAAGGGCACAACAGUGAACACCAGGGUAACUCAAUUGGUGUGUUAGACAUCUUUGGCUUUGAAGACUUCCGCUGGAACAGCUUUGAGCAAUUCUGUAUUAACUACGCCAAUGAGCAUCUUCAGUAUUACUUCAACCAACAUAUCUUCAAGUUUGAACAGGAGGAGUACAAGAAGGAAGGUAUCCAGUGGAAGAACAUUGAGUUCAUAGACAACACAGACUGUCUGGCGCUAUUCUCAAAAAAGGGCAAUGGACUGUUUGCACUCAUUGAUGAAGAAUGCAAAUUUCCUGGAGCAAGUAAUGACACCCUCCUGAGCAAGUUCAAUCACCACCAUGCCAAGGGUAAUGUGUACUAUGAAGCACCACAGAAGAAGGAACUCGCAUUCACCGUCGUACACUAUGCUGGCAAGGUGAAAUACCAGAUCAAGGAUUUCAGGGAGAAGAACAGUGAUCAAAUAAGGACAGACAUAGUUGCCAAUCUCAAGAGCAGCAGUCUUGCGUUUGUGCGGGUACUCAUGAGUGUGGAUCCAGUGGCAGUUUUGAGAUGGACAAUUAUCAAAACCCUCAUCAAGAGCGUGUUUGCAUUUGUAAAAGCAGGCAAAACAUACCGCAUGCGUGGAGGUCCUGACGAAGCAGUGCUUCAGAAAAGAUCACAAGCCAAGGGAGACAACCUUGACAAUCCAGAUCUUGAAUCUAGUCAUGUUUUGACCUCCAUUCACCUCUCUCCCUCGCGACCUGCUCAUCACAAAUCCCCACAGCACACCCCCUUGCAUGAUGCACGACACGGGGGCUAUGCAGGGGAUUCGUUCUGUUAUGACAACACGGAUGAGGGGGCAGCGUUUUUGGGGCCCAAGCGCCACUCUGGGCCCCUCAGGAGUCCAGUUGACCCAUAUCACUCCGAGGAUGAGGUCAAGGUCAUGAGGAGAGCAAACCGUGUGAUGAUGAAGAGCAAGUCAUUCAAGCCCAAGUCAAGUCCUCAAACUAUGUUCUCAGACAUGAAGACCCUAAAGGCAAUUGUUCAGCGGACCAUGUACAUCGGGGGCAAUGGUAACAACAAGCAGAAACCUCCUAGUGUUGGACAGCAGUUCCAGUGGUCACUGUCCCAGUUGAUGUAUGCCAUGGAUCAGGCCAACCUGUUCUUCAUUCGAUGUAUCAAGUCAAAUGCAGAGAAACUUCCCUGCCGGUUUGAUGACGUGCUGGUCCUACAACAGCUGAGAUAUACCGGCAUGCUGGUCACGGUUAGGAUACGACAGUCCGGCUACAACUAUCGACUCACAUUUGAGGAGUUUGUGCAGAUGUACAAGAUCAUACUGCCAAAUGGUUUGCGGAGUAACCAGAGGGAUGUGGUCACUUUCCUGGACAACAUGAACAUGAACAAAGACAACUACCAGAUUGGUAUAACUAAGGUGUUCUUGCUGGAGACAGAAAAGCUGUACAUAGACGAGUGCCUGCACAGGGCCAUCAUGAAGAGAGUGGUCUUCCUGCAGAGGUGGGCCAAGGCACGCUGGGAACGCAAGAACUACCUGCAGAUGAGAGCAAGUGCCAUCACUAUACAGAAACAUAUGCGCACAUACCUUGCUAGGCACUAUGUGGAGAACUUGCGAGAAGCUGCGGUUUGAAUUCAGAAGUAUUACAGGGGCCGUGUGGUACGCAGGCAAUUCAUAGAGACAAGGGUUAGUGCCAUCAAGAUACAGGCCCACGUGAAGGGACAUCUCUGCAGGAAGAAGUGAGAAUUAUGGGACAGUAUUGCGCAAUUAUUGACUAGAGGGCAAUUUUAUAUACUCUGUAAAUGCAUAUUGCUACUAUAAAUAGUGACAAAAUAUUGACAUCACCCCUUGAUGAUUGCAUGGUUCGGCUGGGCCAAUAUACUGUGAAAACAAUAUUAUUGUUUAACAAUUUGUUAUUUGAUUUCAUGAGUCCUGUUGCAAGUAAAAUUAAGUCCUAUUUCAACACAUAAUCCAAAAAAAACACAGACAAUUUAAAAAAGUAAAAUACAUAUGAAUACUGAAACUGUAGAUGAUAUCGAUGACUCUAUACUAGUGAGACCUUAACUAUCUUUGACCCUAGCUGGACAAGUCACUAGAGUUGAAUAAACCAAAUGUUGACCUUAAUGGUAUCUGCCAUCCAAUACAUAAGGCAAUUUCUUUUUUAACACUAAUACAACUUUUCAGGUGAGCUUUUGUGACCGGUCUUUGUCCGUCGUCUGUCCGUCCGUCCACAUUUGUUCAUAAACACUCUAGAGGCCACAUUUAUUGUCCGAUCUUCAUGAAACUUGGUCAGAAGCUUUGUCCCAAUGAAAUCUCGGUCGAGUUCGAAACUGGGUCGUGCCGGGUCAAAAACUAGGUCACUAGGUAAAAAAAAGGAAAAACUUGUAAACACUCUAGAAGUCACAUUUCAUGCCCAAUCUUCAUGUAACUUUGUCAGAAUGUUUGCCUUAAUGAUAUGCAGGUUGAGUUCAAAAGUGGUUCCGGUCCAUUGAAAAACAUGGCCGCCAGUGGGCGGGACAGUUUUCCUUAUUUGGCUAUAGAGAACCUUGUAAACACUCUAGAAGUCACAAUUUUUGCCCAAUCAUCAUGGAAAUUGGUCAAAACAUUUGUUUUAUUGAUAUCUCGGACGAGUUCGAAAAUGGUCCAGACCGGUAAAAAAAACAUGGCCGCCAGUUGGCGGGGCAUUUUUCUCUUUAUGUACCGGGUAUAUAGUGAAAACAUGUGAACACUCUAGAAGUCACAUUCUUGGCCCAAUUUUCAUGAAAUUUGGUCAGAACAUUUGUUUCCUUGAUAUAAGAGUUGAGUUCGAAAAUGGUUCCGGUCAGUUGAAUAACAUGGCUGCAAGGGCGGGGGGGGGAUGCAGUUUUCCUUAUUUGGCUAUACAGAAACCUUGUUAACACUCUAAAAGUCACAAUUUUUGCCCAAUCAUCAUGAAAAUUGGUUAAAACAUUGGUUUUAUUGAUAACUCGGACGAGUUCAAAAAUGGUCCAGAUCGGUGAAAAAACAUGGCCGCCAGUGGGCGGGGCAUUUUUCUCUAUAUGUAUAUAGUGAAAACAUGUGAACACUCUAGAAGUCACAUUUUUGGCCCAAUGUUCAUGAAAUUUGGUCAGAACAUUUGUUUCCUUGAUAUGAGAGUUGAGUUCGAAAAUGGUUCCGGUCAGU